CCAGCAGCACGCGAAAUACAAUAACCUGACUCUAUUAUAAGUGAAUGGUAGAACAGUAUUCUCUUGCUCCCGUAUGUCCUUGUCUUAGCCUUCCUAUCCUCGAAGGGGCUUCAGCCGCGAAGACGAACCGUAUUCCUGACCCCUUAGAGCUAUCAAGUAUAACUGUAUUCAUACAAUCUGUUUUGGGUCAAAGCUCUGUCGUUGAAUGAAAGGGGGAGUUUCAAGACCUUGCGACUGUUCCAAGUCCGCUCUCAAUACACCAGCAACAGCAUCGAUGAUUUCAUAGUCGGAUGGUCUCUGCAUAUCACAUCGUUAGCGGGUUGUGCACUCAAAAGAGCGCUCGGCGCUCGCGGGAAUUGCACGGCGGGUUGCCGCGAGCACCCGCUUGAUGUCGCGCUCACCAUACAAUCCCUACUUAGCAAAGUCCGGUAGUUCUGCCAAGCAGUCUCCUCUGCGUCAGUCGGCUCCGGUUCCAGCGGACGGAGCAUUGAGCGGAGAUGGCGGUGGCUCAUGGGGCCUCACCAACAUGCUGCGGAACUCCCCACACCUUGUGGCGCCCCGACCACCAUCCAGCGAGCCCAGCUCUCCCAGCUUGUCGGGCGCGAGCGGCGGUGCCUCCAAAUCGCCCAUGGCAUUCCGCACCCGACGAUUCAAUAACGCCGGCUCCGCCUCAGACAGCGACCUCACAGCCACCAUCUCGGCCGUCAACUCAGCCGGCUCCUCCGGUCCUGACCACACACGUCGACGCAGCGGCAGCGAAAACCCGCCCGUAGCCGUGUCCUCCUCCGCUGCCACCAGCAGCCCGGGCGCGCUGCAAGCCUCUGGCUCAGGUGUCACCAGCGGCGGCAGCGGCGCCGGCAGCUCGCAGCCCGUAGCACGACAGCUCAGCUCUGGCUCUGGGGCCUCCUCCUCCGGGGCCUCCAUGCGUAGCGCGGGGGGCCCUACCGCCACCAUUCUGGCAGCCUACAGCAGCAAUCAUGUGCCGUUGGGAGGCAGCCUGCUGGAUGGGGCGGUGGUUGCGGGGGCAGCCGGCAAGGCGCUGCGGCCCAAGAGCAGCGAUACGCCCAACACGGGGAGUGCUGGCGGCGCGGGCGGCGCAGGCGGAGGCAGCAGCAAGGUGCUCCGAAACCGGCUGUCUGAGGACGCAGGGGGACAUGCGGCGGGCACACCCACGCUGUCCCUGCGGGAGAAGGUUGCCAUCCUGCAGCGAAACAACAAGGCCCUGGAGCAGCAGCUCGCGGAGGCGACCAACGAGGCCCAGCAGCGGGCGGCGGCGCAGCAGGAGGCCCAUGUGGCGGCCGUUGCAGCGCUGCAGCAGCGGCUGACGGCGCUGGAGGGGCAGCUGGCGGCGCAGCAGCGCACCACCGCGGAACUCACGCAGCGGAACGGACAGCUAGCGGCGCAGCUGGCGGAGGCGCGCAGCCGAGCGGAGCUCGCCGCGCUGGCGCCGCCGCAGCCGCCGCAGGCGGCGGCAAUGGCGCCGACGACAACGGGCAGCGGCGACGGGAGCGGGAGCGGGAGCGGGAACUUGGCGUCGGCGACGCCGCCGCUGCCGCCGCUGGUACAUGAUAAGUCGCUGGUGGAUUUGCACCAGCCGACGGCGGCGGGGAGUGGGGAGGACGGGCCGCCGUCGCCUCGGACGCCGCUGGGAUGGGACGGCUUGGCUGCUGGAAGCCCUGCUACCAGCAGUAGCAGCACGAUCAGCAGCAGCGGAGGCGGGGAUCGCAACAGCAGCGGGUCCAACGGUAGCGUUGUCGGAGGCGGGAGCGCCGCCGCGGCGCCGGUGGCGUCGACGACGACGUCAACGAUAACGCACCCCACGCCGCCGCCGCUGCCUCCCACACACCCGCCAUCCUCACAUGGGCAACUCCUACACGGCGGCGGCGGCAGCGCAGGCGGCGGCGGCAGCUUUAGCAGACGUGUCUCCGACGACGCGCUGCCGCCACACCCCCAUAUAGUACGGCAGCCCUCGGCUUCCGGCUCCAUACCUGGCGUAAGCGGGGGUAGCGGCGGGGGUGGCGCCGACGCGCGACCUCACACCGCCCCGCACUCCAACUACCUCAACCUUAGUCUCUCCUUUGGCGGCAGCGCCGGCGGCGGCAGCUCCGCCGGCGGUUGUUGCCCCGAGGAGCCGCUGCCGCCCGAGACAACCUCCUUGCUCAUCCUCUCCCAUUCCGAACCCGACUUCAGCCCGGGGUCCUCGGAAUCCCGACACCUGGGCUCGUCCCCCGCCUCCGCAUGGUCCGCUUCCGCCGGCGGCGCGCCCGCGUCAACAACGCAGACCCAUGGGUCGGCGCUGUUCUCCCCCAACACGACGUCUGUCAGCGGCGGCCCCAUCACGUCCUCCCCGUCGGCUACGAGCAUUGGUGAGGUGAACCUAGCGGGUGCAGGUCCGCCGCCGGCGUCGCCUGUGGCGGCCGCCGCUGGGUUAUCCGGCGCGGGUGUGGCGUUACUGGCUCGGCAGAAGAAGCUCAUAGAGUCGUUGCGGGCACAGUUGCAGCAGAAGGAGUCGGCGUACGCGUUCCUCGCCAAUGAGCAUCAGGAGCUGGAAGGACAGCUGAAGGAGGUGGAGGCGUCGAAGCGGGAGUAUGCGGCCCGUUACGCUUUCAUGGUGCUUGAUCAGGACCUAGACGGCCACAUCCGGGUAGAUCAGGUGGGCUCCUUCGACAUGUUCGGCUGCUACUCGCCCGCCGUGCUGGAGUACGCCUUCAAGCACUGGCGCUUCGCAUCGGGCUUCAAGGGCUAUCUCAACAUGGAGGACUUUGUCAAGUUCGUCAACCUAUCGGACGACCGCACCUCCCGCGACUCGCAGCGCUUCUGGUUCGGCGUGUUGGACCUGGACGGCGACGGCUGCGUGAGCGCGGAGGACGCCAAGUGGUUCUAUGAUGCGGUGGAGAAGGACGAGAGCGCCUUCGUGGUGGGCUUCGAGGACCUAUGGCACCAGCUGUUGGACAUGACUCAGCCCUCGCAGCCCCGCCGCGGCUUCACCGCCUCCGACCUGUGGCGCUGCAAGCUGGGCGCGGGGGUGGUGGGGCUGCUGCUGAACCACAACAACAUGCUGCUGCACCGCACCACGGCGGAGUGGGGCAGGGGCGACUUCCCGCUGUAAGGAGGUGGGGGGCAGGGGCAGGGGGUUGAGGAGUGUUGGGGCUUGGGCCGGAAAGAAAGCGGAGGAGGAGGAGGCUGUGUGUGCGGUGGAGAGGGCGCGAAGGAGGAGGAAGGUGUGUGGAGGUAUGAGGAUGUGAUGUGGUGGCGGCGUUGUAGAAAGAAGCUUGAUGUCGUGUCACGUUUUGCGGCGGGCUUUGCCGCGGCAUGUUACCGACAGUGGAGGAAUAGGAGCACGUGUUUGAGGCAGGCAGGUAGACGGAUGGACGGACGUUGGUAAACAGCUUCGUAGCUGCUGCUGCUGCUGCUGCUUAGGCUUGGUAUCGUACGGAUAGCCAGCACGGCCAGGAUAGAAAUACUUUUGGAGCAUGGGGUGCUGUUCCGCGCACCAGCUGGUCCGAGGAAACUGCCGCUACUAACAGCAGGAGGUUGGGGAAACGGAAUGGUUUGGGGAAAGGUGGUUGUUUGUCCUUGCGACGGCGGUGAUGGUGCUCCUUGUUCACCUAUGCCUGACGUGGGUUACUUCGUCCCCCGCAGGGUUCCCCCAACUUCCCAAUAGUAUAUUUUGUUAGGUUAAGGAGGGACAGAGGCUCGGUUCCCGCUUUUGGGUGUAUCGCUGCUGCUGUCGCGCACCGUUCCGUAGGCUGUUACGCUGUCCUUAACAUGCUAAGAACUUGUGUAUUGCUCCUUCGGGACUGGGCGGGGAAGUAAGGUGUCUUGUCUAGUCGGGGCGUGGAGGAUUUAUGUAUCUUAUUCUUCAGUUGGUUGAAGGGGCCUUGUUGCUGCCUCGACCAAACGCACGGACCGUUACACUGUGUUCUGUGGGUCCCGAGGAAUCUCACAUACAUUCAUGGAACAUGUGCGUGGUCUGUGACGCAUACAAGUUUUGGGUGUCGUGGUUGGGUAUGCGGUGGGACGUGAGCUGCUGGAUGGUUCAUGUGGGUGUGUUUUCUGCUGUUAGCGCAGGCUUGAUUGGUAUCCGGCAAUGUAUUGAGGUUGUGGAGGCGGCAGGCGGGCGUGCACGCAUGGGUUCUCUUAGGCCAAACUUUCGGACGGUAUAACAUGAAAGGCCUUAGAUUGCGGGAGCCGAAGGGUAUAAAGAGCAAAAGCGGGUUGUGCACAUGGGGAUCAAUGGCAGAGGGCAGAAUGCUGGUGGUGUAUAACAACAAAGGUGGAAGGCAAAGCGAUGCAAUGACAUGAAAAGACUUUUUGAGUUGCGGACGAUGGCAUGCAUGAUGAACUGGGGUGCCAUCACCAGAGGUGUGCUGCAAAGAUGCCACUAACCCAUUUCGUACGUGGUUGGUUGGUGUUGGUGUUUGCAUGUGUCUCUGCGUGGUCUUUGCGUGUGUUGUGUUUCGUGCGCGUGUUUACGUAUUUCGGAUCUCCAGGCAGGCGGGCUAUGUCUCUGCGUUUUGUUGCUUGUGAGGUCGCCGGCAUACCUCAUGACACUGACGGUUUCCCUCCCCAGCGUGCUGACUUUAUCGUGCGACUCCUGCUACUGGUUGUGCGAAACGUGGUUGUUGUGUAUCGUACGGACUGUUUCCCCUGACGCCCCGCACCACACACACAGCUUUUGUACGGUAUAUGUGGAGUGUGAGCGCAUAUACACAUGCACAGCGGUGUUGUUGUUGUUGUUUGCGGCUGCAAGCGUGUGCACGCAUGUGUGUGUGCGUUCGCAUGUGCGUUUCUGACCACACGGACUGUCAUCGUCAAAAUCGUGAUGCGCAUGCGCACGUUGCCUCAUGCGGCGGGCUUGCAGCUGGCUGGACUGCUUUCUUGGGGGGCAUCCUGGAGAGGGGGGGGCGACCUGACGUGUUGCUGAUGCGGGUUACCUGAGUAACAGACCGUUGGGUUCCACAUGACUGACACGCGUGUUGGAUACGUGCGUAUGGAGCGGAACCAUGUGCGGGUGCGACUGAAGAAGCUUUUGGGGCAACACGCCCGUAAUCCGCAGGAGGUUGACGGUGGUGGUGGGGAUGUCAACGGUGUAACAGCUUGCAGGGGUUAAAACUGUUAAUGCGUUUGCAUCUUCUUGAGGACUGGAGCCACCACAGCGUUUGGCACAUAACGGUAAUCAUUGAUGGCGACCAGCUAAACCCUUGGCUGAAUCCGUAUGCUUUAGGGCGAUUAAGGCUCAACGGCCGGUUAAUGGAUCCGGGACAGUGAGCGGUUGGGAAUUCGAGCCAUUAAUCAAAUGUGGCAUGGGGCACGAAUCACGAGAUACCUGACGGGUAUUUCUAAAGUGUACAAUGGCAUAGCCUUUCGUUGCAUACCCAGCUUUUAGCUCCUUACCAAUGAUCGGCAGACCUUGCCGCCGACACACUCACAGUUACCUGUUUAUAUCUCCAGGCAGUAAUUAGGUGCAUACUAAGGACUUGACAGCACGUGCCCCUUCCCUCGGUGUAAGGCCACCCUUCACUGCUUUUGAAUAAAAGAUGACUGCUAGGAGUAGCCCUGCCGUCUCCACUGCUUUCGGCGUCAUCUCUCUGAUAUCGCUAUCCAUAUGGACUGUCAGCAUGCUUCUCGCCCACGUGCAAAAAGGCCGUUUAAACCCCGUAUUCCAUGCCGUGUCAGAGAUGGGGAUGGCCCUACACGGCGGUUUAUUGCCACCUGUUGGUUCUGCGCUUCGAUCUGUGGCCUCUCCCUUGCGAUCAGCUUUGGAGCCUUCUUCAGCGUGUCCGUGACGCCGCUGCCCCAGUCGCCCUUUUCUGCGUCUACGCCGUCUUCCGUAUUUUGACCUGGGCCUUCCCGACUCGUGUUCUGGACGAGUCUGACGGCGCUCCGAGGAGUUCCAUGCCGGCGGACAAUAAGCCUCCGCCAUCCAAGAUGUCAGUUGUCCUUCACUUCAUUUUCGCCGCUGUUUCAUUUGCUGCCAUCGGAACAGCUGCGAUUCAAGCUGGAGAUUCCUGUGAAAAACUCAACCCUGCUAUUAAACUCGCUGACUUUAACAAGGUGUUUGCCUACUGGGGCUACGCGAUCCUUGGGACGAUAGGUCUUAUGCUAGUGGUACGUCGGCGGGGGAUGUUCGGGCUUGGUGAGCGUGUGUUCUAUGCUGCACAGAUGAGCUGGAUUGGCGCGAUUUCAGUUCUGUUGAUUAUUUCAUGAGUUCUACGGAUGAUUAAUGCCGGUACCUGCCGCUAUAAGCCAAGGACAGAGCCGCAUUACCCUGCUUCCAAACCAACUCCUUGCUUACGAAGUUGACGUAGUGAGCGUAGUGCCUCGACUGAAACCCCAACUGUCUGUGGUUCGGUCUUGUAGGGCUACCGUGCAGGCUUUGCAGGUCGACGCAGGUCGGGUUGCCAUUGGUUGCGUUAUUGGUUGCACGGCCCCUGCCUCGGUGUGCCCUCUCGCUAGAGUUCAAACUUUGGAAUGCGUCGCCGGGUGCAAGAGCGAUGUUUUCCCGUUGGUCCCCCGCCCUAAUGACCUGGCACCAUAGGACUCAAUGGCGCAGCUGUUUGGCCUACAUGGCACCCGGGCAUGGUGGGUGCGACUGAGGGC